UGGACGCAGUCUGUGUAGCAGAAGUUUGAACCGUUUAGAUCUGCAGAAGCUGGACAUUAUGAACAAACAAGAGGAGACAUGGGAGAAACUGGACUCAGAGUUUGACCAUCACCUGGUUGACAUGAAAUCAUAUGUCCUAAAACAAAACAAGACAGAGCGCCAGCGAUGUGCCCUGUGGAUCAAGAAGCUGUGUGACCCAGGUGUAUCCGGCUCGGGCCUGAUGGGACGCAAGAACCGCAACAUGUACGCCCGCCUACUCCUGCAUAUGCUCAGAAGAGGGGUCCUGGAGGGCCCUUUCAGCCACAAGCCAGAGUCAGGCAGUCUCAAGACUCUGCCAACAUAUAUGUCCAUCUACUUUGACGAGCCUCUAUGUGGCCGGGGCCUGGAGCAGAGCACUGCAGGCCUGCCUGACUGGGUAACGGGAGAGCUGGGCCAGGGUGACGACUCCUGGGACAGCCUGCUCAGAGAGAGGGCCAGCUCCUCACCCAUAGCCUACUCUAACACACACAGGUAGGUUAUUCCCCAGCAUAGACUAGAGCUUAAGCUACAUACUCAACUGCUAUGCCUGCCAGCUACAGUAGAAGUCAGCUGAAAUGAAACACACAUAAGUGUCUAUCCUGGAAUAGACCACCUCACCCUCUGGGCAAAAGUGUUUGAGUCAACAUAGUUUCCUAGUUAUUUCCACUUACUUAAAAACCUCUUAGAUUUAAAGUCCCUUGUUUAUGGGACCUGUGUGAUUCUGCAUUGACUUUUCCCACAACCUAAAUGCUGGACUGCCCUUGAAUUUUGAAACAUUGUCUAGGCUACUCAACAUGUUUUUUACAGUAGUUGCAUACAUACUUCAAUGUAAAACAUAAACUGUCUGUUCACCUGUUAAAUCUGACUGUAUGUUAUACACCGCAUUGCACUGAGUGAUAGCCUUUAUUCCCAUGUACACAGUAGUAUAUUUUCUGAGCCUGUGUGACCUAGGAUGGGAAAUAUGAAACCACUUGAAGCUGGGAUGUCCCUCCUGCCAUUGUUAUUAGCUCUUCCGACUGUACAUGAACUCCUGGCUGAUCCCUACGUCACAGCCACUGACAAAGCACAUGCCUGCAAUCCUUACAUCAUAGCGCUACAGGAGAGAUCAAUUCGAUAGUCAUUAUCUAAAAUAAUUCUAGAUUUUAAACAAAUACUUUGUUUGUCAUAGACGGACAAUAUUAAUAUGAAAUGAAAGGCGAGUUCCUAACGAGUUCAGGAAGCCAAGCUAGAGCUCCGUGAGACGUUUACAGCGA